GGAGGGUUUGACCAACCACCAUCCAGGCUGCUCUGACACCUUCCCCCCGGGUCAGGUCCCUGACAGCACGAGGAGCGGAGGGGGGGCCUAUGCCCGGAGACAGGCUGCUGCUACUCGGCCGGACUUGGUGCGGUCCGGGGACAGAAUGGCGGUGCUGGGAGCAGGGCGCUGGGUGCUCAGGGCUGUGAGCCCACCACCGGCAGUGUGCCACCAAGCAAAAAGAUACCUGUUAACCGAAGAAAUUCUUAAACUCCGUGAUUUUCAGAAGAAGAAACUAGCUACGGUAUAUCAUGUCUACGGGAAAAAAGAUUUGUAUUUCCAGUCGGUUAAUGAUAAACUACAGAAAAACCGAAUAAUCCUUCGUAGCGAAUUGCAGACGCUCCUUCAUCUAUGCGAAACACCAGCCGAUGUAGAAUUUGCAAAACAAGUUAUUUAUAGAUACCAUGAAGAAAAUAAAAAUGUGAUAUUUGGAGAAUUUCGAUUUGGACCUAUUUUUAUCAGGUUGUGUUAUGACCUUGAUCUUGAAGAUGCUGCAUUGGAACUUGUGAAGGACCAGUCACUCGGCCAUUUCUUCCACGACUGUACAUCAUUCAAUAUAUUAAUGGAUAUGCUGUUUACCAAAGGACAGUAUGAAAGAGCCGUAGACGUGUUACUGGAAAUGCGCAACCGCAAAAUAAAGUUCAGCAAAGAUACCUACAUAUUGGCGUUUGCUAGCUGCUAUAAACUCAAUAAUUCAGAUUCUUGUAAAAUCUGCUCUACUCUUCUAGAUGAAAUCGAGAUGAAGGACAGUUGGCUCCCGACACAAGCUGCCUGCUUUGCAGUUGCAUUUGCUUUGAAACAGAAGCAGUUUAGAGCAGCCAAGACUGUUUAUUCACAGAUCCGGAAUACUAAUGGGAAACUAUGCAAAAACCUACAUCUUCUUGUUAAGUUACACAAUAAUGAGCUGGAAGAUGUUCUACACGUUCUGGAAGUGGCCGUGGCUGCCACUGGCCCUGUAUUUGUCAGGAAGCCUGAAUUCUCUGAAGACGUUAUGUUUGCAAUUGAGGAGAAGCUAAAGCAUACUGAACUUGAAAGAAGAUUUAAUCAGGUUUAUUUGGACCUUCAAAAUUCUGGACAAAUAAGUGUGCUGACACUGGACGACAUGCUGUGUUUCACACCUCAUGAACACCGGCAAAACUUGAAUCUGUUUAAAAAGAGGAAAGUCAGCAGUAGGACAUUUAGAUCGUUGCAGUCUGCACUUUUAGUGGAGUAACUGGAUCACAGAGUCUACAUUUCAUAUGGAAGAAACACCUCAUCGUAGGGUGCUGCUGUGUUCUACUGAGAGGGACACUCUAAGCUCCAUAACCAGUGCAGCUCAUUUUAGGGGUUAUGGUGCGAGUAGUGUUUGAGUGCCAUAUUUUGUUUGCCUGUCAAAAUGUUCUUGAGCAGCUCAACAAAAGACAGGGUACUCCUGAUACAGAAAACUUCCCACUCUGCUGGUGCAGUCUCUCUGACAAAAACAAAAUCACUUAAUCUUUAAAUAUGUGUGGCAAUGUUUCUUUCUACACGGUGCAGACUAAAGCAGCUAUAACAAGAUCAUGGUGGAUUUCACAGGAGGACACAAAUGGCACAUUACUGUUUAUAGAGAUUCCAAGUGUAAGGGAUUUUAAGGUACCCCUGCCGGAGGUAUCACUAAAGGGACACUAUGGGCACCCGGACCACUUCAGUUCAUUGAAGUGAUCUGGGUGCAGUGUCCCAAGGCCCUUAACCCUGGAGAGGUAAUUAUUGCAGUUUUAAUUACCUGAAAUAAUUACCUUAAUGGGUUAACUUCAGCUCCUAGUUGCUGUCUACCAGACAGCCAAUAGAGGGACUUUUGGGUCACUAUGCCUGAGGAUGUCCAGCAUCACCCGAAACUGCAUAGGAAAGCAUUGCAUAGUUGUGUAUAAUGCUUUCCUUUGGGCUUGUUCUAAUGCGAGUGUGGCCAUUGGCACGCAUAUACGCAUUAGAUCUCCCCGUCGGCGGGAGAGGAACAAAGGCGGACCCCCAGCCAGCGCUGAAGGAUAUCAGUGCUGGAACUAGGUAAGUGACAGAAGGAGUGAGGCACUAUAACGAAUUAUAGUGCGAGGAAAAGAACUUUGGAUUUCUGGCACUAUAGUUUCCCUUUAAGGCAGGGUGUAACUCUACCCGUCUGGGCAGCAGUGAUAAAUUAAUUUAAGCAGCAGAGUAGUGGUUGGCCUGUAGCCACCUGGAGACCCUGGACAAUUUAACCAUGAAUGGUCUGAUGUCACCAAGAGAAAUCAAUUCAAUGAGAUUAAGUGAUUUAAGUUCCCAGUAAUUUAAGUUUAAAAUAAAACUGUGUUCUAAUAGUA